AUGGAAGACAUGGAGAAUAAAGAUCAUUCGAUGUUAGAUGUCAACGAUGCCGCAGAUGAACAAAGUAGUGGUACCGUACCCAACAAUAACACCGCAUCCCUAACAAAGAGCUUCUCUGAAAUGAACGUGGAUGAAGCAAACGAGAUUGAGCCUCAGCUAAUGGUUGGAAGGCAAAGGUCGAGGUCUACCCUCAUAUUUGACGACGAAGACGAGAUACCACCUUACGCAGACCACCACGAACAUAUCUCGGAUUCUGAUAACGAAAGUACUGUAAGUAGCAGCACGAGCGAGAGCGGAAGCUCUACGAUGGACCCUGCUAAAGAUGAACAGCUGGUUGAUCAAGCUGCUAUGGAGGUUUCUGGAGGCAACGUUGCGAAUGACCGGAUGGUCGAUCCACAGCAGCAGCAGCAGCAGUCGUCAUCGAAGCAAUCCAGUGGUAACGUCAUGGUCCCUGUGGAUAUUAUUUGGCAGCAAGGCGGUACAAAGGCGUACGUUACUGGUUCAUUCACAGGCUGGAGAAAGAUGAUCGGGUUGGUGCCCCUUCCAGGUAAGCCUAGCGUGUUGCACGUCAAAUUGCAACUGCCACCAGGUACCCACAAAUUCAGAUUUAUUGUGGAUAAUGAGCUGCGAUUCAGUGACUACUUGCCAACCGCUACAGACCAAAUGGGUAACUUUGUUAACUAUUUAGAGGUCGUUGCUCCACCAGCUGCCCCCCAGCUGGGUCAAACGCAGAACGAAAUUAAUGACCAACAAUGGAACGACGAGCAAAUGGGCUUGCCAGCUCAAGAUCGAGAUACUGCUACGUAUCCUUCAGCUACCAGGAAAACGCCUAUGAGCGCUCGUUCCAGAAUCGCCUUUGAGAUCGAACAAGAGCCGGAUGACAUGGGGGGUGGUUACACUAGAUUCCACGACGAAACACCCUCAAAACCCAGUCUUGUUUUCACUCGUGACAUACCAGCGGUCUUCACAGAUCCUGCAGUUAUGGAACAGUACUAUUUGACACUGGACCAACAGCAGAAUAACCACCAAAAUAUGGCGUGGUUGACACCCCCUCAAUUACCACCCCAUUUGGAAAACGUUAUAUUAAACAGCUACUCAAGUUUGCAGGGCGAAAGUAACGAGAAUAAUUCCGGCGCUUUACCGAUUCCAAACCAUGUGAUCCUGAACCAUUUGGCUACAAGCAGUAUCAAACACAAUACUCUAUGUGUUGCAUCUAUCGUAAGGUACAAGCAAAAGUAUGCAACUCAGAUUCUGUAUGCGCCUUUGCAAUAA